GGUUCCAGUGAAGGCUUCUAGUCAAGCAUACAGAAUCUCAUAGCAGGCUUUGAGCUGUUCUGUGUUUCAUUCAUUUUUAACCCUCUGUUGAAUUAAAAUCAGCUCACAUUAAGUUAGAUUUCUAUGGAUGGUUCCCAACUGUAAAAUGUUGGAUGUGUCAGAAAUUUGCUCUCAGCAAGAAAUAUGUACAUUUGCGUGUUUUCUUCUGGGUCUUUAUCAGAUGCAAAAGCAAUAACCCUCUAAGACUGUGAGCUCCCUCUGAACUGCGACAGGAACUUAGGAACUGCAGAGAGCUAAAGCAAAGUAUUUCUUUCAGUGGCAGCUGGGUUCUCUCAACUAGUAAAUUUCUCUUUCGGUGGGCUUUGCGUUCUUGGCAGUAACCUUCCGUCUUUUUGAGAAGUGCUUUUGGCUGAGUUAUAGGAAGAACCUGAUGUAGGAAACAUUAUUAAUGGGAGACUUCUUCAAGCAGCAGGCAUAGUGAGAGUUUUUUUUUUUUUUUUUUGAAGCCAUUGAACCUCAGGGAAAUAAAGAAAAAAAUAUCUCUUUAACAGGACAUGGUGAAAAAGCAGAGUUAAGAACACGGAAUGAUGUACUCCAAACCUGUCAGAAGCUUGUGCUUAUAUCUGACUGAAAAGAAACAAUUGCCAAAGCCUCUUUGAAAAGGAAAAUGUCUUUUACUUCUUCUAACAAGACUGGCACAUACAUGGCCAACAAUGAUGAAAUGAACACGCAGACUGGGCAGAGAAGUGUGAAUGUGCUCUUUUUAUGUCUCACCUUCUUUAUAACACUAGUGACUUUGUUUGGAAGUGUGUAUUCUCUAGUUUCACUUCUCCGGAUGAGAAACAAGACACCUAUUUCCUUGAUUGUGGCAUCUCUGGCCAUGGAUGAUUUGCUUAGUGUAAUAUCUGUCUCUGGCUUCAUGUAUAUGCAGUGGGCAAGAGAGCAUCAUACCACACCACUGUGCGCUAUCUCUGCAUUGCUUUAUAUGGUCCAGGGCAUUUCAAGUCACCUCAAAGCAUCACUUAUAGUACUUUACAAUUUUUACACCACCAAAAAAUAUGGACAACUACAAACUACAAAUAAGCCACUCAAAAUGACUGCAAUAAUAGUCCCAAUCUGGAUAUUUAGUCUGGCAGUAAGCCUUUUUCCUUUAUGUGGCUGGAGUUCAUAUGUCCCUACUACAUGGGGCUGUUUUGUAGACUCAUCCAGUUCAUAUGUUUUGUUUCUCGUUGUUAUCUAUUCACUUUGUUUUUGUAUUCUUGCAGUUUUGUCUGUCCCUCUUACUUACCAGCUCCUAUGCUCUGAUGAAAAUCAGCAAUAUUUUCAUCCGAGUUAUCAGAAAAUUAAGAGUGACUAUUUGUGGGAAGGAAGAACUCUUGCUAGCAAUCUAUCAUAUCACUCUCCAGUAGAAUCUUCAGACAAAACCUUGGGUCAUUCCAUAAGUAAAAGCCCAAGCUUGGAUGCUGGUUUUAAAACCAGUCAGGAUGAUGGAGGACAAGGCUGUAGUCCUUUAGAUUCACACAGCAGCAGAAACCCUACAGUUGUCUUUGCACAGAAGCGAUUCUCUUUAAUACUGGCUAUGACCAAACUAGUUUUAUGGUUGCCAAUUAUGAUCCAAAUGACUCUGCAGCAUGUGACAGGUUUCAAGAGCACUUCUUUUGAAAUGUUAAGUUUUCUUCUGACCUUAUUGGCUCCUGCGCUGACCCCAGUGUUUGUCUUGUCUGAACACUGGCUUCAUCUGCCUUGUGGCUGUAUUAUUAACUGUAGACAAAAUGUGCACACAGUGUCUUCUGAAUCAGCUGGAGCUAAAAGAAAGGGGUUUGAAUUCAACCUUUCAUUCCAGCAAGGAUACAUUUACAAAAUAUCACAGGCUAAUCACUGCACUACUCAAGAGUCCACAUCCUGCCAUAAUCUGAUUAAUUCGGAAUCUGUAAACCUAAGAGCACCUCCGGUGGAAAGCAAUAAAACUGCAAACAGUUCCAAGUUAGAUUUCAGCACCACAAAUACCCGGGACAGCUCUCUGAAGCAUAACAAAAGCAUUAAAAAAAAUUGCAAGGAGAUCAACCAUGACACCACAACAGAGAAAGGCACUGGAUGUACGCAUUCUGAAAGGAAAAGUAAAACAGUGGGUAAGGAAGAGGCAAAAUUCUUGGACAAAGCGACCCUUUUUAAUAGCCUGGAAAGGAGGCUUUCCCAUGAAGAGAACCGCAAACCAGAACUUUCAGACUGGGAAUGGUGUAGAAGCAAAUCUGAACGAACACCCCGACAGAAAUCAAGCGGUGGCUUAGCCAUCCCCGUGUGUGCAUUUCAAGGAACAGUCUCUCUACAUGCACCUACAGGAAAGACUCUAUCACUCUCAACAUAUGAGAUAAGUAGUGAUGGGCAAAAAAUAACUCCAACAUCCAAGAAAAUUGAAGUGUACCGAUCAAAAAGUGUAGGCCAUGAGCCCAAUGUAGAAGACUCUCCUUCAAACUUUGCUGAUACUAAUGUAAAAAUUCAUCUAGAGGUCCUUGAAAUCUGUGACAAUGAAGAGGCCAUGGAUACCGUGUCAAUUGUUAGCAACAUCAGUCAGUCAUCAGCACAUGCAAGAUCACCAUCCUUACGCUACUCAAGAAAGGAAAAUCGAUUUAUUUCAUGUGAUUUAGGGGAGACAGCUUCCUAUUCUCUUUUUAUACCAACAAAUAACCCUGACUCUGGCAUAAAUAUAUCAAUUCCAGAUACAGUUGAAGCUCAUCGGCGUAACAGUAGAAAUCAGCAAAAAGACAUCUUUGGCUACCGGGAAGAGAUACAACUAUUAAAUGAAGCAUAUCGGAAAAGGGAAGAAGAAGAAGAAGAUAAGAAUUCAUAGGGUGUAUGGCUUAAACAGCUGAAAUUGGAUGAACAAUGCUAAUGGAAGAAUGCUUCAUAACAAAAAUGACGAAGUAUUUUUUUAGAUUUGUGACUGUAUUUCUUAUUUAGCAUGUUGAAAUAAUUUGUAUAAACUAACCAUUAAAACAUUUUGGCAGCAGUUAAUGAAACAUAUUGGUGUAUUUUGAACUGCAAUGGGUAACAAAGUUACAUAUUCACCAGUUAUGCCAUUAUUUUUCAGUACAUCUAAAAUUUGUGCAAUCGACUGUGUUUUAUAAAUGGUGAUAUUACCAUGGAGCACUGUGAUAUGUAAGCCAUGAACAUUAGAAUCAAUACUGGUGACAUUUUGUCUGGUUGUCCUGAAAGUACACAAGUUAUUAUCAACACGGAUAAACAAAUUCUAAUAAAAUCGUUAUCAGACUGCAAUGGUCAUGACUCUUUCUGGUUAUCACAACAGUUUCAAACAAGUCCUUGUGACAUAUCUCUUUGGCAACUAAUACUAAAAGCAGUGAAAUAAACUGAACAAACAUUUUCGAAACUCCAACAAAAUACAUAAAAAAUAUAAGGUGAAUAACCUGAUGACAGAAAGAAUAAUUUCAUGUUGUGCUUGUCUCAGUUGCUGAUUCACACUUUCAACCUUGUAUUGAUAAAUAUGUUCUGUUCAUCUCUUAUGUGAUCCUAUUCACUCAGGCUGUGCCUGUAAAUGGUCCACUGAUAUUAGCACACUACUCCGAUAAACAAAUACAAACAAAUAAAUAAGCUGGUAUAGAGUGGAUCGUAUACAAUUGUUCAACAAAUGCACUGGGUGCAAUAUAAGUAUUAGAUUCAGACACAGGGUACUGAGAUGGGGGGGUUGGUUGAAGGUUAGUCUUGUAAGUCAUGCUUUGUACAUGACAUUAUUGUGACCUGUUGAUACUCCACAAAGUCCCUAUAGCAGAUCCAGCGAGUGCAAGGAAACAGACCCCAUCAUUCUUCAAGACAAAGUUUGAAUACCUGGAGUGUUAAGGAUUUUCCAACACAUGGAGAAGUGAUUUAUCAGACUAGUUGUGCCCCCACUUUAUAACUUUUUGGAGCCAGCUCCUCCUUUUCUUAAAGUGAUGUGACCUUGGAGUUGAUUAUAUUUAAUGAGGGUGCAAGAGAUUUCCCCUGCCUAGGAAAUUUGGGGAGUUUGCCUUCCGCCACCAAAAAAGAAAGGUUUAUUGUAAAUAGUGGACAUUUGUGCAGUUGUUGAUUUUCCAACUGUUAAUCUUUGUGGAACUGAUGUGCAUCAAGACUUGACUGACUAUGAAAACAAAGAUGAAUAAAAUGGAAAAUGGUGUACAUUU